AUGAGAAAACAGCAUGGAGAAGCUUCAUCUGUUAGUCAAUCAGCUGCUGAAGAAAUGAAGGCAAUCCAAACAAUCGCAGGAGAAUAUAAUGAGGAGGAUAUCUUCAAUAUGGACGAAACUGGACUCUUUUGGCGCCAACCUCCAACUUCUGGACUAGGAGCGCCAACCAGACCAGGUCUGAAGAAAGAGAAAGCCCGAAUUACUCUCACAGUCUGUGUCAAUUCAACUGGCUCAGAGCGUCUUCCAAUAUGGAUUAUUGGAACUGCAAAAAUGCCCCGUUCUCUUCAUGGGAUAAAUAUAAGUGCCCUUGGUGGUGUCUGGCGCUCAAAUAAAAAGGCAUGGAUGACGACUUUUGUUAUGAGCGAGUGGCUUCAGGCAUUCUAUUCUUAUAUUGGAUUAUCACGUCAAGUUCUUCUUCUUCUUGACAACUUCUCUGCGCAUACUCAGGCUGUUAAUAUUACACCGCCACCAGCCAAUAUCAAAAUCCAGUGGCUUCCAGCGAAUUCAACAAGUGUUUAUCAACCACUCGAUCAAGGCAUUAUCAUGAAUCUCAAAACCUAUUACCGGAAGGCAUGGCUUCAUUUCAUCAUUGAGAGCUAUGAGCAUCAACAAGAUCCUAUGUCGUCAAUCACUCUAUAUCAUGCUGUCCGCUGGGUUCUACGCAUUUGGAGACAUGAUGUCAACAACACCACAAUAUACAGUUGUUUUCGCAAGAGCCAGGUUAUUCAGCCUCAAAUCAGCCUUCCAGCAGAGCCAGCACCAGAUCUGACAAAGCUCUAUGAUGAAGCCCAGCAAGCUGGCCAUAUUAGAGAUGCAAUGAGCCUCUCGAACUUCAUAAAUCCACCAGAAGAGAGCAUUGAACCAAUUGAGGAACUGGAGUCUCUGGAGAAUAUCAUUUCUGAACAUAUAUAUCCAUCAACAAAUGAUGAAUCUGACGAUGAUGGCCCUGUUGCGUCACCACCUUCCUUGAAAGCAGCAGUUGAUGGUCUCCGGGUUCUUAUACAAUACCAGGAACACUCUCAGGAGACUCAUUUGGAGGAAAUCAAGAUGCUUGAGCGCAUGGAGAAGCGAUUGUUAUAUAAAGCAGAGUCAUCAAAGCAGCAGCGAACUUUAGACCGAUGGCUUAGAUAG